GCCUCUCGAAUUCGCAUCCCCCGCAUUCGGCUGCAUUCACUUUAAAAAAAUCGCGCCUGCGCGUCCACCGCCAAAUUCAAAAUCGAGCGUGCUGUGCAUUCCACGCCAACUUCGAUUCCUACCUACCGAAUAGGACAACAUAGUUGCGCGUUGAAUCGCCAAGAGAAGAACCGGCUUCUUGUAGCUUCUCGCUUUCAGGCACGUGCUGUCAGUGCGUGUUACCAACGCGAAGAAUCGCAGCAUUUAACAGUUGAGUUUCUUUGUUGAAAACAUCGAUUUUCGUACGAAAAUGCCAGCAGAUUCGGAGUUGAAUUCAGUGUUGAUGAGGAGACAGGAGAUCAACAACGCUUUGGACAAUGGUGAUAGUGUUAGAGUCUCAUAUAGGGUUGUCAAUGUUUACACCGAGUUCCAUGAGUUUACCAGAAAAGAGAUCAAACAGUAUGAGGCUGUAUUCAAGAGAUUCAAUACCAAUAAGGACAACUUCCUCAGUUUAACAGAACUGAAACGAAUGAUGGAAGUUCUUGGAGCUCCACAAACUCACCUUGGUCUCAAAACCAUGAUCAAAGAAGUUGAUGAAGAUGACGAUGGCCGAUUGUCCUUCAGAGAAUUCUUAUUGGUUUAUAGAAAAGCGAGAGCAGGUGAACUAGAUGAAGAUUCAGGUUUGGGACAGUUGGCAAAAUUGACGGAAAUAGAUGUAGAUAAGGUUGGAGUUAAUGGCGCGAAAAACUUCUUUGAAGCUAAGAUCGAGGAACAGAAGAAAUUAAGCAAAUUUGAAAAUGAAAUAAGAGAAGAACAAGAAGAAAGGAAACGUUUAGAAGACGAAAAAGCAAUAAGGAGGCAACAGUUUUUAGAGAAAGCAGCAGUGUUCAAAUAAACUCAUUUUAUUCAAUGCUUGUUAAUAUUUAUACAUAUUUUAUAUCGAAUUAAGGUUUGACUGACUUAUUCUUAUGUUGUAAAUUACACAAAAUCACAAAUUACAUAAUGCGUUAGCACCAUAAGUAAAACUAAUUAAUUUUUAUAGAUUUAUUGAAAUUUUAUUCCCUUUGUAAAUAAUUUCAAAUAAUGUAUUGUACAAAUUGAUGAAUUUUAAGCAUUUAGAGUAGCAUUACAACAUCUAGUUAGAAUUUUCAGUUUAUGAGGAAAUUAUAUGGAGUAUUACUCUAUAUAUAUAUAGGUAGGUACUUCCUAUAUUUUUAGUCUCGAAUUAUACUUGAAAUUAAAUUUUUGACUUGAAUUUCUACGCACUUAUGUAUUCUGUUUCUUUUAUUAAAGAUAUUCGAAUAGAA